UUGUACUACCUCAUCAUUUACCUGGCGGUGAUGGAUGGUAUUCGGGGUGUCCCCAGGACUCCUCGUGGGUCUCGCAAAAACCGCAGUAAGUCGCUCGGUUCCCUGGGGGUGCGGAAAGGGCUCUCGGCGAUGUUUCAUUCUCGGAGUCCCGUGCCGCGGCGUAGCAACGGCGAUGGAGCAGGCCCCUCCUCCUCCUCCGGACGUCGUAGUCGGAGCGGAUCCCCGCCGGAUCUGGAAAUCCUGCCCUCGGCCCCGUCUAACUUCCUUCGCCAGCGAUCGAACACAGCCCCGGAUCUACAGAUCUUGUCCUCCACGUCCAUCCGGCGACCAUCUGGGUCGAGACCCUUCCCGUACAUCGAGGGCACGAUCGGGCAGAGCGAAGAUCCUCGCUUUCUCAGAAUAAUCGAAAUUUUCAAGGGGCUCCACUACGAACCGGGACUUUCAGAAAUGACGUCGAGAGACUUUUACACACUGAAGACAAAUCUGCUCAACAUGGCUGCUCAAAAUGAUAGAAAAUGCAACGAAGGGGAUAAGGAAUCCAGGAAGAAAGCCGGGAAUCAAUGCGCACUUGCGGUCAAGGAAUUUCAGAAAAUCAGUCGAAAUUGGCGCGGUCCGUGUGAACACGUGUUCCUAGGCUGGUGUCAAAAUUGGGGCACGGCCGGAUGGAAAUGCUCCUUCUUCUUCAAAACUAGUCCAUCAUACAACCUUCCAAUGCCCGGAUACUCGUACAAAAUGCAUGACUGUAUCAAUGCUUUAGCUCCAGAGGAAAUGGAACAAAUAGAGAAUGCACUAAGCGACGGAUUUAUCGUGUAGAGAAUGCAGUAAGUGACGGAUUUAUCGCGGGUCCAUAAGACUUGAAUGAGGGUUGUUAGUUUCCUAGGUCCAAGUAACCACGCAGCAUGUUAACUUUAUGUACUAAGAGGUAAUAGCAAAAACAUACUCGAAAUAUGCUUUUAAAUAUCUCUAAAAGUAGUAAAAUAUAG